AUGGAUGCAGAUGACUCCAUACCAGCUACACCUGUCAAUCCCAAUAAUUUCCCAGCAAAGCUCUGGCGUUUAGUGAAUAACCCAUGCUACCUGUCCAUCUUCUGGGACACACGUGGGGAAGGGAUCAUCAUUGAUCAGCAGCUCUUUGAAACUGAACUCCUUAGUGCCUCAAAGUCAAUAAAUGAGAACAGUGAACUCUUUAAGACUACCAACUUCACCAGCUUUAUCCGUCAGCUCAACCUCUAUGGCUUCAGGAAGGUUGUAAUGGGUGUCGAUGGCCACUCUGGCCACCGUCAUCCCAAAGGCAACCCAUGCGUUGGUGAUGGGCAAGUCCAUUACUUCCACAAUGCCUACUUCCGCAAGGACCGUCCAGAUUUACUGCUCAAUAUGAAGAGGCUGACGAGCACUAAUAAGGCAAAGUUAGCUGCUGGCCUCGAAGUAAAUUCCCGGCCUCCAAGUCGCUUGCAAAGACUACUUAACAGCUCAAUGGAGCAAAGCAAGAUGGAGAAGCAGAGCACUGGUAUGGAGCCAUACAGGUUCACCAGUAACAUGGCGUUGGCCCCCAGACCACCAAAGGGCCCAAUGACUAUUGGUCAUAUGCAUCAUUCUUGUCAAAGGGAAAAUCCCUCUCCUUAUCCAUAUCUUGGUCCUGCAUCUCGAGGUCAUAUUCCUUUCCCAUUACCUGGCAUGGACCACACUUCACUUUCUUCACGAACAUGGCCUAACUCCUUGGGUCUGCUGCCAGGACCAGUAGAGUCUCCAUCAUCUUUCCCUGAACAGGGUCUUAUGUUCCCUGUCCUACAAAGGCUCGCAACUGAAGCCCCCUACGCACUCCAACCAAGUUCAACUCCUGUCCAUGUCCGUCAAGGUCCUGCCAACAUUCCAGGGGGUGUGCAAAAUUAUGGUGGUUAUGGCCACCCCUUACCACCAUACCCCCAGCCAUACUAUCCAGCAGCUUUUCUCCAAUACAGCUCCUCAGCCGCUCAUUUGGAGCAUCUCGCUGGCUGUUCCAGCACUGCUGUCUCCUCUUACCAACACUGCAGCUAUUUUCAGUCUCCACGUAUGCAGUCGUCAUACCCAAUGGACUUCUUGCCUCCGUUUUGGCCAGCUGGUGACUCCAAUGUGUUAAAGAAAGAUGAUGUAAAUCUAGAUGCUGUGUUCCAGACUGUGGAUGAGCUACCCUCAUCUCCCAAAGUAGAUACGGUGAAGAUGGACACACAGGAAACUCAGGAUAGGCCAUCUUCUCUACCUAUAAAACAUCCCAAUGAAUUGAAUACGAGGGAUUCUAGUAGUCAAACAAAUCAGCUGUUCUUAACACCUGUAAAUGCUAAUAUUCCAUCAUAUGUAGCAGCUGACCAGUCUAUUCGCUUCCCAUUGUCAGAGCCUAGUGAUAAUAGUAACCCCCACCAGGGACUUCAAAAAGAGGCAAACCCUAGAGUCUUCCCCUCACCGUUUAAUGUGCUGGAUCCAAACAUUUCUGUAAAACUGGAAAAGGAUGAGGAUCAAACAGCAGAGAUCUCAGCAGAGCAAAAUGAACCAGAAUUGCACGUCCACCCUCUGCAGGAACUUUCACAAAGACUUCCGACGCGCUCGGUCUGCGGGGGAUCCUGUCCUGCGUUCCCACGGCAGCUGGCGGAGGAGGAGGGCAGCCCUCACCCGGGUAUCCCACUUGUGUUUGCCGUGUGCUGGAUGGGAGAGAAGCCACAAGGGCCUGCGGUGUGGAUCACGGGGAGGGAUUGGCUGAGCAGCCUGGCUACACCCGGCCUCAUGUACCUGUGCAUGUUCAGCAGCACCCAUAGGAGCCCCGCCGCCUCGCAUUAA